AUGAAAGGUCCAGAUCAUACACGAGAAAACUGCUCCUACCAUUCCCAUUCUACAACGGCCAUCCCAGUCAUGGACGAUGCCCUAGUUCUUAACAUCGCAGUGGAUGAUGCACCGUCAAAACUACGUUUAUCAGGGAAAAAGGGCGGGCGAUGGACGGAAAGGUUGAAGACGAAUCGUACUCUGAAACGGAAGGCAAGAAACGACGAUUCCGCACCCUCUACACUUUCUGAGAACUCACAACUUUCUACGAAAGUCAACCAGAGGCCCCGUAAAAAGGCUCGUUUAGAUGUUGUAGAGGAACCGUCCACAACCUCCCAAGGCCAGCCUCGCCAACCUCCACCUUCAAAGCCAGCUCAAAUUAUAUCAUCCCUCUUCACCUACAAUCCUAAAAUUAAACUCCCCCCUGAAACUUUGCCUGAGAGAAGGCCAGCGGCUCCUAGCAAUGCACCUCUGGAUUCCUCCACAUUUUCUGGGCUUGGACUACACCCCUUGUUAAUCGCCCAUUUGACGAAUAAAAUGGACAUUCAGAAGCCCACUGCCAUUCAGCGCGCUUCUCUACCGACUCUUCUCUCUUCCAGCUCUAUCAAAAGCUCUCGAGAUGUGUUCUUGCAAUCACAAACGGGUUCAGGGAAGACCCUAUCCUAUUUACUUCCUAUCAUACAGGACUUGCUCCCUCUCAGUGAACUUUCUUACAUCGACCGGUCAAUAGGGACUUUGGCGGUAAUUAUUGCCCCCACUCGUGAACUGGCCAAACAAAUAUCCGAUGUCGUUGAAUCAAUGCUGCAAAUGCGACUACGAACAGGAAGCGAAUCUACCACCAAACCGGAUACGUCCACUAGAUUGACUCGUUGGCUUGUCUCUGGCUUGUUAGUCGGAGGUUCUACACGGACACACGAGAAAGCCAGGUUACGAAAGGGAGUUCCCAUCCUCGUAUCAACUCCCGGCCGCUUGCUUGACCACCUACAGAAUACCUCAUCGUUCAACGUUGGAAAAUGCCGAUGGUUAAUUCUCGACGAGGCAGAUCAGCUCAUGGAAUUAGGUUUUGAAGACACCAUCAAGGGAAUUAUUCAAGGUCUAGACGGACGUCGGCGGAUGGCGAAACAAGCGAUGGAGGAGGGUAAGACGGCGGAGGUUGGGGGGUGGGAUUGGGAGCGGCGGAGAAGGACGAUCCUUUGCUCCGCUACCAUUCGAGAAGACGUUCAGAAGCUUGCAGGGGCAGCUCUGAUCGAACCUUUCAUGAUCAAGGCGACAGAAGUGGACAAGGACGAUGACAAGGCUUUAGGAUCCAAUGCAGAGUCAUUUACACCUCCUUCACAGCUCACCCAGAAAUACGUCAUUGCGCCGUUGAAACUUCGUCUUGUUUCUCUCGUCGCCCUCUUGAGGACACUAGUUGCUCAAACACAGGUGCGGCAAGGAGCAAAGAUCAUCGUCUUCCUGAGUUGUACGGACUCGGUAGACUUCCACUGGAAUCUACUUGGCGGCGCUACGAUGGACGGAGAAGAAUCACAGAAAUCAUCAAGAGGGGAAGAUGAUAGUGAGGGUGAAGAAAUAGAUGAUAAGGUGUCAAGAAAAGAAGUAGGCCCAGACAAGGUGCAGACAAGUUGCCCUCUUUUACCACGAGUCACAAUCUACCGAUUACAUGGCUCCUUGCCAACUGCAUCUCGUCUUGCGUCCAUCAAAGGUUUUGCGGGAAAGAACAAGAAUGAGCAACAGUCGACAUCCUCCAUCCUGCUUUGCACUUCUGUUGCAUCCCGUGGUCUGGAUUUACCCCUCGUCCGAGCAGUCAUUCAGUAUGACCUACCGACGGAAGGCGGUGCGACGGAAUACGUUCAUAGGGUUGGAAGAACCGCUCGCGCUGGGAAAGGUGGUGAAGCUUGGAAUUUUGUAGCUCCAAGCGAGUCUGAUUGGGUUAAUUGGAUUCAAGAAAAGAUCCAAGGUGAAGGGAAGGAUGCCGGGAAAGUGGUGCUGUCUCCUGUUGCGGUCGAAGAGCUCCUACGGUCAGGUUUUGGUGGCAAAGGAAAGGAGUAUGAAGCUCGUGCGACGGAAGUGCAGUUGACCUUCGAGCGGUGGGUUCUUCGCAAGAAAGAGAAUGCAUCUUUUGCUCGCAAGGCGUUCCUCUCUCACAUGCGGGCCUAUACAACUCAUCCUUCCAACGAGAAACACAUAUUCCACAUCCGUAAUCUCCACAUGGGACAUCUCGCUAAAGCAUUCGGUCUACGAGAAGCUCCCAAGGCUGUCAAAGGAGCGGGUCAGCAGCAGUCAUCCAAGCAAAAGAGCCAGAAAACGAAAUCAGGGCGCUCGAAACACGGACGAGAGGAUAGCGACGACGAAGCAUGGACGAAGAACAACAAUGGGGAUGCUGAAAGGCGUAUGCAGGCUGUAGUUCGUGCGCGGGGUCGUCUGACGAAGAAGGGAGGUGUUAUGACGAGCACCGGCGCUUCAGAGUUCCAGAUAUCGAGCACGGCCGAUUUAGAGAAGCUACUCAGUCGGUAG